GGAAUGUAAUAAGGCCUCGUUGAAUAUAUACACCCUGUAUAAUAGCAAUAUUGGUGACGGUUUUUACGAGACCAAACAAAAAACCUCUAAAAUCUGAUAGCUGAUAGCACUAAAUGUUGGUAUUCAAUUCGGUGUUUUCACGACUCUUGAAUAGUUUUGUGUUGAAAAUGUCUGGAGAAAUCCAGCAUACCAGAGUUGAGGAUGUCUUCAACUUCCCUGAAAGAAAUGAAAGUGGAAAUCUCAAGCGAAUCAAGUUGACAGUUGAAGAACCUAAAAAAACUCAAUUGGGGUGCGACAUUUGCAAAAUAUCAGUAACCAGCCCGAAAAUUCUCCAAAGACAUUUGGAAGGAAAGAGACACAAGAUAAGAGCAGAGAGAGACGGAAAGAUCUUCAGAUGCGAACUGUGUAACGUCACGGCCAAUAGCGAGACUCAGCUUAGCAUCCAUUUAAACAGUAAGCUUUUUUGAAUGCGGAAAAUGAUGUUUUUCUACGGCUAUAACACAAGAUUGCUCUUGUUUUACUGUGUUCGAUACAUCAAUGAGGAACUUUGUCAAUUUUAUUUCUGUAUCUGAUAUCACAAUGACUCCAUUUUGUGUUAUUAUUUCAAAAUGAAACUAUUUGACAGGAAAUCAGAUGGCUACAAGACGAAGAAAUCGAAAAUACCGCCGUUAUCUAUUAUAGCAGUAAAAAAAUUAUAGUGUGCCAAACAUAAGAUGAGGUUGAACAGAAAAGAAUAUGCAGAUUUUACUAGCCUUUAUAGCAACAAGGGUAUAUGGAUUAUAUUGUUUUGUGUGUUAUGUUUAUUUGCCAAUUUGUUGUUAUUAUUCAAAAUGUGUCUGUGAAAUAG